UUUUUGUUACCUUAAAAAAAAAAAAAAAAUAUAUAUAUAUAUAUAUAUAUAUAUAUAUAUAAAUUCAGAUACCAAGUAGAGUUUUUCAUUACACAUUCUGGUUCCUUAAUUCAAGUCUUCCCGAGGUGAGGGGCGGGAACACCUACAAAGGGAGCCCUGGCGGCCCCGCCCUCUGGAGUCCGGGAGGGGCGUCCUUCUCCUGACGUCACUACGUCGUCCGGGCGCCGAGGACUUUCCCACCGGCAUACGAAUGCGUGCUCUGCGCAGGCGGGAGGGCGGUGCUUCCCGUGUGUGUCACGAGUCUCGCGAGUUUUGGAGAAAGUUUCUGCCAGAGGCCGCCUUGGAUGCGUGGGGUGUGGCUCCCGGCGAGGGGCGGAGCUGGAGAUGGCGUCCACGGCGGCUCGGCGGCUGGCCUGGGUUGCAGUUCGACCCGGGGCUCUCUGGAGCGGGCCGAGGGGGAGGAGAGGUGGCGAUGUCUACACCGUACCGGGCAGCUCAGGUCUCAGCCAGGUACCGUCGAGGUCAGUCAUCGUCACUCGCAGCGGCGCCAUUUUGCCCAAGCCGGUGAAAAUGUCCUUUGGUCUUCUCCGAGUGUUCUCCAUUGUGAUCCCCUUUCUCUAUGUCGGGACACUCAUCAGCAAGAACUUCGCUGCUCUGCUUGAGGAACAUGACAUUUUUGUCCCAGAGGAUGACGACGACGACGAUUAACAGGGCACAGGAGAAAGCACUGAUGAUGUGGUGGCAUGCUCAGCUCCCUCCCGUCGGCAGAAGGGUCAAGGAAAGCCCUCAGCCUCACCUCCUCAUGGUUUGUGACAAGAGCCCAGAGUCCUGUGCUUUGGGAGGCUCCCUCACGGCUGUCCACAGAGUACUGGAAAUAACAAGCAAGCAAAUUAGGAGUGUAUAAUAAAUGAGUCAUGUAUGAUGA